CUCUCAACACUCUUUCCUCGAUGGCGAGCACGACGACCAACAACAGCGCUCAACAGGCCGUCGACGCUGCCUCUACGCAGGCACACACGACGGCUAAUCGCCUCUCGCGAUGGAUUGACGAGAACAGGAACCUCGCCAUCGCCCUCGGUGUCGGAUCAGCCGUCGUCGCUGGAGGAGGAGCCUACUACCUGCUCAGCGGUAGCAGCAGUAGCAGCUCGAAGAAGUCAUCCAAGGGCAAGUCAGCGCCCGAUGGAGCAGAUGCAGCUGAGAAGGGAAAGGCAGGUGGCAGCGAUGAUGCAGCAGAGUCGGGCUCAAAGGGGACCGGCGCAGCUGCAGCAUCAUCAAAGUCGAAGAAGAAGAAGAAGAGCAAGAAGGGUGGAGCCGGCGGUGGUGGUGGUAGCAGCGGCGACGAUGCAUUGAAACGCCCUGACGGACCACUGCUGGAGGAAGCAUCCGACGAGGCCCUCUUUAAGCUGUCCGCGGACGAGAUCGCCAAGCUGCCAUCAGAACGUAAAGAGUCGUUGGCUCAAGCGCUCAAGGCUGCGGGGAACAAGGCUUACCAAGAGCGUCGCUUCGAGCCUGCAAUCGACCUCUACACAAAGGCUAUCGCGGCGCAGCCUCUCGCAGUCUUCUUCUCCAACCGCGCUGCCUGCUACUCGAACCUGUCCAAGUACCGCGAGGUCAUCAAGGACUGCGACUCAGCCCUCGCCAUGGACCCUGCUUACAUCAAAGCUCUCAACAGGAGAGCAGUGGCACAAGAGCACCUCGGCGCAGACGCUGACGGCGAAAAGCCCGGCGCUGAGCUUGACGAGAAGAAAGACCUCCUCUUUCGCAGUCUGUGCGACUUCACCGCCGUUGCUCUCCUCGGCCACUUUUCUGAUCAGACGGCCACAGAGAGCGUCGAGCGCGUCCUCAAGAAGGUCUCGACCGUCAAAGCGAAGGAGCUUCUCAAGACUCGUGAGCCCAAGCUGCCGUCGCCCACCUUCGUCACAGCCUACCUCGAGGCCUUCCGUAAGAAGCCGCACCCCACCCUGCCUGACUCUCCCUCUCAGGGCGACCAGACGCUCCUCCUCGCCUUCCAAGCCCUGGACGCGCGCAACUAUCCGCACGCUUGCAGCCUCUUCAACGAGGCUGUCGACCAGUCGCCAAGCACGGACGAGCUCAAGGCGCUGGCCUAUAACAUGCGCGGCACCUUCCGCUUCCUGAUUGGCACCGCACCUGGCGCUCUGGAGGACCUCAACCAGGCUACGGAGCUGCAGCCCAGCCACGUCCAGUCUUGGGUCAAGAAGGCUUCCGUACAUAUGGAGCUCGGCGAGAACGAGGCCGCCUUCUCCGACUUUGACAAGGCCAUCGCGGCCAACCCGGACGACCCGGACAUCUACUACCAUCGCGGUCAGGUCUAUUUCAUCCUCGGCCAGUUCAAAGAAGCAAUGGCUGACUACGAAAAGUCCACCAAGCUUGACGACACCUUCAUCUUCUCCCAAGUCCAGCACGCAGUCGCGCAAUAUAAGCUUGAGAACGUCGGAGGCUCUCUCGCUUCCUUCCGUCGCAUCUUGCGCAACUUCGAGGGUAGCUCAGAAGCGUACAACUACUACGGCGAGUUGCUCCUCGACCAGGGGAAGCAUGAGGAGGCGAUGGAGAAGUUCGACAAAGCGAUCGAGAUUGAGAGCCAGAGGGACUCCAGCCGAAACGUCCUGCCAAUGAUCAACAAGGCUUUGGCCCUCUUCCAGUGGAAGCAGGACAUUGCGUCGGCCGAGAGGCUCUGCCGCGAGGCACUCAAGAUCGACGAGGACUGCGAUGCUGCCGUUGGUACGCUUGCGCAGUUCAGCCUGCAGUCGGGCAAGCUUCAGGAGGCAAUCGACUUCUUUGAGCGCUCGGCGAAUAUCGCCAGAACGGAGGGAGAGCUCCUGAAUGCCUUCUCGUACGCUAGUGCAUCAAGAGCGCAGCUCAACUUCAUUGAGAAGUUCCCGGCGCAGGGUGCGCAAUUGUCGGCGAUGGCGGGCGCCAUGGGAUAGAGUGGAUGACUACAUGGAUGGAAGGGAUAAGGCAGUUGUGCUGACGAUGGGUUGAUGGAAUUGCGUUGACGGACGCGUCUCAAAAGUCUCACGCUCGGGCAUUGCUUCUCCGUUGGUAUCACAGACUCCUCGAGAUGCAAUUCGAGGAACACACAUCACUCUCACCACGCAAUGACUACUGAGACUCGUCCUGAUGGUUCGCUGAUCAAUCGACUCUGGUCUGAUUGCACUACGCGCAUGUCGUAUCGUAACGUGUAUCGUGAAUGCUACAUGCACAGCCUGAUCCUGAGGAGAGGACUGCUACUGUUGAUCGGGUAUCUCUCUAGACUUUAGCUGAUAUAGCCGUCGGUCUAACGUCAAGUGUCCCUUCUUACUCCUUCCUCUCUUGCGCUGAUCAGACCUUGGUCCUCCCUCCCCUUCUGCGUCCUCCUCCGCAGCCUUGGCA